AGUUCGCUGGUCUGUGAAUACAGCAGAGAAGAUAGAGAACACAACAGCGGCCACGAACGACGAAGAAUAAACUAUGCUCUACCGCUCCGCUGUCCCGGUGCCGGCAGACGCGCUCGUGCAGCGUAACGUCGAGUUUGCGCGGGUUGCGUGGAAGGCCGGUCUUCGCCCUGAUCAGCGCGAAGCCAAUCAGCUGCGUGUCAUCGAGUUUGAUUUUCCGUUGCUGUCGCGGGACAUGGUGCAAGUAAAAUGUGGGAACACGGUCGCGACAGCCACGGUCACCUGUGACCUGGUCGAACCGAUGCCUUUUCGACCAAAGCACGGCUUCUUCGAGGUUCACGCGCGGCAGCUGCUGCACGAGCGUGACCCCCUCGACCAACCGAAAGAAAUCAAACAAAUUGGCAUGUUCCUCACCCGCCUCCUCUCCGGCAGCGUGGUGGAGACGGAGGGGCUUUGCGUCAUCCCCGGUCGUCGCGUGUGGAGCAUCGACGCGGAGGUGAUGAUAAUGAACAACGACGGCAACAUCCACGACGUGGCGCAGUGGGCAGUGAUGGCCGCCCUCCAGCACGUCCGUCGCCCUGAGCUGACAAUUCGCGGUGACGACGUCGUCGUGCACCCCCCGCACGAGCGGGACCCGGUCCCUCUCUCCCUCCACCACGUGCCCGUAUCGUUUACGUUUGCAGUGUGCGCAAACCCGCAGCAGGUGCAGCUGGCGGCGCGUGCGGCUGCGCUGCGGCGAGCGGGGGCCGGUCCGGCCGGUGCCGCGUCGUCCGCGAAGGAUGGUGAUCCCGACGGGGAAGGGGAAGGUGAGGACGAGACCUUCGCCUGGUCGUCCGAGGCCCUGCAGGUCGUUGUGGACCCUUCGCUGGAGGAGGCCGCGGCGGCCGCCUGCACCGUGUCCGUUGCCGUGAACGCGGAGGGGCACGUUUGCUCGUUAGAAAAGGCCGACGGCUGCGAUGUGUCGAUUGACUACCUGGAGCAGUGCAUGAACACCGCCAUCCAGCUUACCCAUCCGCUACUGACGCAGAUGAAAGAGUCAAUGGAGGCGCAUGAUGUGAAGCGCAAGGCGGCGGUGCGCAGCCAGUUUUUGUGGGCCCAGCAGCGUCUCGGCAUCCAGGCGGCCGCGCAACCGCAGGAUGAGCAGGCGAACAAAAAGGCGAAAACAGAGUAA